AGAAGCAGAGGAAUAUUGGUCAACUGCGGUCACCUGCGGUUAACUUUACUACUAGCAACCUCUUACAUCUUAUCCUUCUUCAUCUUCCCACUAAAGAUCCAACCUACAAGCUCUCGCGUGAUUCUGUUAGUCAACUUAGGUCAAGAUGAUGUCAGCACAGCUCCAGCAGCCUGAGAAGGCUGGAGCGAAGUUGUCAGCUUCCGAGAGCAACUCGAGUAACACAGAUAUCUCGUCUGGGGCAGGACCGGCAGGACAGCCCAUUACUGAGCUCAAGCCACUUAGAAACCGUGCCCGAGAUAGCAAGAGCCCCUACGUACGAGCGCACUCCGAUAGUCCGGUUGCCUGGCAACUCCUAGACGACGAUGCGAUUAGCCGGGCAAAGAAAGAGAACAAAUUGAUGUUCCUUAGUAUCGGCUUCCUCGCGUCUCAUUACUGCCAUAUUACGAGGCAAGAGUCUUUUUCUAACCCCAAAGUCGCAUCUCUACUCAACGAGAGUUUCGUGCCCAUUCUAAUCGAUCGUGAGGAACGACCCGAUAUCGAUAACAUAUACAUGAGCUAUAAUCAGUCUCUCAGUGGGAGCGGAGGUUGGCCACUAAAUGUCUUCCUCACUCCAGAGCUGGAACCCGUCUUCAGCGGGACUUAUUGGGCCGCGCCUGGUGUCCAGGACGACGUGAGCGCGGAAAAUGACGGCGUUGAGAAGCCCCUCGACUGGCUUGUCGUUAUUAAGAAGGUCCUCGCUUCCUGGUUGGACGAAGAGUCUCGUGUUCGCGAAGAGGCAAAAAAGAUGAUGGUCGAGUUGAGCCAUCUCUCGGCGGAGGGUACUCUGAACCACGCAGGGAAUGAUUUCUUGGCGUCUAACUCUUCUACUCAAGUAGAAACAGCUACUUCAAGUUCUGAUCAUCCCCGUGAAGUUUAUGGUGAGGUCGACUUGGACCAGAUCGAAGAGGCAUACGAGCGGAUCACAAAGACCUUUGACCCCAUGUUCGGUGGCUUCGGCCUCGAGGAUAAGUUCUUAACACCGGCAAAGCUCUCUCUACUUCUAAGAGCUACCCGAUUCCCGAAAGUCGUCCAGGAUGUAGUCGGACCAAACGACUGUAAAUACAUUAGUGGUAUGGGCUUGCAUACCCUUCGAAGGAUUGCAAACGGCGCGGUGCAUGAUCAUAUAGGGGGCGGUUUCCAUCGAUAUUCUAUUACUAGGGACUGGUCAUUGCCAGCCUUCGAAAAGAUGCUGAUAGACAAUGCCCUGCUCCUCGGUCUCUUCUUAGAUGCUUGGCUUUUGUCUGGAGGCACUAAGGACGGCGAAUUUGCUGAUGUGGUGACUGAAGUUGCCGAUUACAUCGUUAGCGAUAGAAUGCUGUCACCAAAUGGCGGAUUUUUCACCAGCGAGGCAGCGGAUUCGUAUAACCGAAAGGGAGAUAAAGUCAUGCAGAAUGGAGCCUACUACUUGUGGACUAGGAAGGAGUUUGACGCCAUUGUUGGCGAUGAACAAGAUAGCGCGAUCGCGGCCGCGUACUGGAACGUCCAGGAGCAUGGCAACGUCGACCGCGAAUACGAUCCUCACGAUGAGUUCCUCAACCAAAAUGUCCUCCAUAUCGUUAAGAACUCUACGAGGCUAAGUAAGCAGCUCGGGAUCUCGGAAGGCGAAGUAAAGCAGCGAAUCCAAGCUGCUAAGGCGAAGUUACGCUCUCAUCGGCAGAAAGAACGGGUUCAUCCAGAGGUUGACACUAAAAUUGUUACAGCGUACAAUGGCAUGGCAAUUGCUGCGCUGACACGAACAGCUUCAGCUUUAAUUAGUACCGAUGCUGAUGUAUCAAGACAAGGGCAAAGGUAUUUACAAGUAGCCAAGAAUGCAGCUCGAUUCAUUAAGAACGUGCUCUGGGAUAGCAACAAGAAAGUCCUCUAUAGAGUAUAUUCUGCCGGCCGAGCAUAUAUCGAGGCAUUUGCAGAGGAUUACGCUUUGUUGAUUGAGGGACUCAUUGAACUCUACCAAGCUACGGCCGACGAGUCGUGGCUUGAAUGGGCUGAUGAGUUACAGCAGCUUCAGAUCAAACUUUUCUACGAUAAUCCUACACCAACACCUACGACGGCAAACGCUAGAUGCGGGGCCUUCUACUCCACGACUUUGGGUGCGCCGCACACGCUGCUCCGCAUAAAGGACGCUAUGGAUACCUCGCAGCCGUCCGUCAACGCAGUGUCUGUGUCGAAUCUCUUCAGGCUGGGUGGGCUCCUAGGCGACGAGCAGUAUACCUAUCUAGCAAAGGAAAGCGUCAAUGCCUUUGGUGUCGAGAUGUUGGAGCAUCCAAACCUGUUCCCUGGCUUGCUGUGCGGCAUCAUACCCUGGAAACUAGGUGGCCAGCACUGGCUCGCAGUUGGGGAGAAGCCCGUACUUGAGAAAUUAAGGGCAUUCUAUAAGGCGCCCCGCGCGGCCUUAUUCACGCUUCGCUAUUAUGCUCCAGGAAAACCAAAUACAUGGCUUAACAAACGAGACUCCCGGGUCUCAACCUUCCCACGAGAACAAGGCGUGUACAAUAGGUCUCCGGAUGGCACGUAUCGCAAGUUAGGUCAGAAUGACCUACUCCUGUUCGACCCAGCCCACGACUAGGUACCCUACGGCUGGGGGGCUCCCACGAAAAGAAUAUCGAAUAAGUAUUAGUGGAAAACGUAUCUAGAGAUGCAUGAGAUGAAGGUUUCUCUUUUUCGCCUUGGGAGGGAGCAUGGAUCGAGGUAGAUACUAGGGGGGCGUCUACGGUACAAGGCUUACGGGGAUAGGUUCACGUGUGUGUUAUAUUAUUUUCUGCAUUGCUUGGCGAUUAAUUGGUUGGUUGCAUAUGUGCAUGAGGUCUGGGGGGGGGGGGGCUUUUGCAUCGGAUAAACGUUAGUGUUACGUCGCGUUUUUGAUGUUCUCGUGACACGUAUGUGGUUCGAGAUCUAUCUUUUGAGAGAAGUUCGUUGGGGUGACUCUAAGGAGGCUAUCUAUUUACCUCAGAGUUGAUCGUCGUAGGAGUGUUAGUAUGUGUGGUAUGGAAAGGAGGUUUGAGCAUUUGGGUCCUUAGCAACCUAAUGUUUCGAAAAAGGGGCGAGUGCAGAAAGACCCAUGGCAUGUGCUGUUUCGUUCCUUGCUACUUCACUAUUCUAUAUUGACGCCUGCCAUUCUAUCAGGCUAGAAACGGUUCAUCAAGUUCUUGUCCUGUCGAUGGUUACCUGUAACUAAGGUAGUCUUUAGCUUGAAUAGCUAUGAGUACACGCGAUUUCAAAUAACCCCCUUCAAGUAAAUAAACGAGUUAUAGCAAUGGAAGCUUUUGAAUCAAGUCCGAAUAAGUAUCAAGUACCAAGUAGACACCAACUG